CUUAAUUCUACUGUAAAAUAAGCGGAUUAGGCAAAUGCAUAACAUCAUAUUUUCACUAUGCUUACCCAUGCAUGUACCAGCUUAAUUCAUAUCAUCUGUUAUUUUUCUUUAAAUAUAUGGUUUUAAUUUGUGUUUAGACACCAACCCUUCUCACAUCCCGGUGUCUGAGUCUGAUAAAUAUGAACAAAUGUCGGACAGUGUUAUUGACGCAGCAAAUAAUAUUAUGGAGGAAAAACAACAAGUUGUGGGAGAAACAGAGAGACUAGAAAAGGAUGUUUCAGAGACUCAAGGCUCCCAAGAGCUUAUUUCUGUGUCGGAAAAUGAAAACAACACGGCAGAAGAAGCAACGUCGCAAGCUAGGAAUAGUAUUGAAUUUAAUGCACCUGAUGCUGGUCAUACUGUCUCUGAUAGUGCUGAACAAACGUCAAACACUGCGAUUGUUGUCGUGAAUGAACUUGAGGAAAUAAAGCACGUGGUGGUGCCAGAAACGGUUGUUACAGCGACAAUGCCAAAAAUCGUGCAACAGCCCCCUGCUUCAUCAGAGAAGACGGAUGUUGACGAUCAAAGUAGCAUUGACGAGGGUGCCAAAAAUGAUCCCGACCAUGUAGUUACACUGGUGUCUACUAAGGACGGUCAACUUCCUAAAGACAGUACGGAUGUUCAGAAUGCAGUACAGGUGCAAGAUAAAGGUAUAUUGCAAAGUAAGAAAAAUAACCUGGAAGUUUCUCAUGACCAGAAUGUUAGCGGAACAAAUUCAAACGACCAGAGUGGCAUAACUGAGGUUGAUGAUGGGAAAUCUAGGUAUGCUGGCGAAAGUGAAACAGUCGCUUUAAAAAGUGAAAAACUAGAGUCAAAAGAAGUUUUAGACAAAUCUAUUAAAGUCUUUGAGGUCAUACAAAUGACAGGAACGGGAGACGUUCGUGAUGUACAAAUUACACAGAAACUUGGACAACAAUCAAAAGAAAAGGAAGGGGACGAAAAGAAGGAGGGCCAGAAAGAAGACGGAAAUGGCGAACAAAAGAUAGAAAAUGAAGAACGGGGCAACAUGUCUAAAAUUGCUCAUGCAAAUGGUGAAGGAAGUGAGACUGAUCGAAAGGUGGAAGACGAUGUAAAGGCGAAAACGGCAGGAUAUGGCAAGAAAAGCGAAGAAGAACCCAAUGUAAAUUUCAAUGUACAGGACAAAGAUGGUAAAACGAAGAAAACUGUUAUAGGCAACACAAGUGAAAGUAAAGAAGAUGACGAAUCCUGCCACGGAAAAGGAACCACCGGAUCCACUACAGAUGCGAAAGACGAAACACCGAAACCACAACAAUCAGGUGGUAAUGAGGUAUGUUUGUCCAGUACAAGAGACACUUUGAGCAGAAAUAGGACGCGAUUUGAGAGAAGAUUUGAGCAGAAAUAGGACGCGAUUUGAUUAUUUUACUUUAUUAUCUAAACAAAAAUGUAAAUUUCACGCGUUUUGCUUUCACUCGAAUUAUUCAGAGUCACUUGUACUUUGACUACUUUUAGUACAGUAUGUAACAUCUUUUCUCUGCAACGGGUUUUCAUGUUUAAGCGGCUUCUUAUGCUGUUGCAAAGACUUUGUGUUUCGAAUGAUUAAGGGCUGCAUUCUAAUUAGGCGUAUUUCAUAUCAGUGACGUCGGGUUUGGGAGGGCGGGGGUUAAUUUUCAAUUAAGUUGGACACCGUAGUUUCAAAUACUUUCCAAUGUUAAAAUGUUUCCAAUUUAUUCAAAGAUUUCGUCAGUACUGCCAGCACAAUAUAUGAGAAAAACUUUAUAUAAUAACUACAGUGAAAUACCCGAUUUGAUUGGCCAAUACCCGUGCAGGAUCAGAUAGUCCUGCACGGAAAUUUUUGAAAUGGCUUCGCGCGGGCGUUUUAAAAUGUCGGACAAUGAAAACAUUUCAAUGUGUGCAGUUAACACUAUAUUAAGCGAGAUACAAGUUAACAAAAACAGCGAACGAAGGUUUGCGCUGACUACAGAAAAUGAAGUUGAUGAGUUGAUCUCAAAUGUCCAAGCACAAAAACGAAAACAAUUAUAAUACGCUGUAAACAUUUUUAAGGGUAAACGAUAGUUUAUUUAGUAACAUUUUCAAUCCAUUUCUUGAAGUAGUUUAGAAUAUUCGUGGGGGUAACCCACUUAUUCUGUCUCUGAUUGGUUAGUUCACGAUUGUUGUGAGAAUUGCACAUUUCAUCAAUGAUUUUGAUAAACUUAACCGUUAUUUCACGGUAGUUAUUUCAUAAAACAAUUACAAAAUGGUUUUCCGCGUAGGAUAGCGUCAUCCAUGCACUUGGGAUGUUGUUCGACUUUCGGAAAAAGUAAGAAACCACUCGCCUGCUGCUCUUAUUUUUUUCCACUUAACGAAAGUUUCGCAACAUUCCGCGUGCAAUGGAUGACGCUAUCCUGCACGGAAAACCAUUCGGUAUUUCUUUAGUGAAAAAUUACUCCUCAUAGAUUCUUUAAAAUGGUUGUUUACAUAUAUAAUACUUUUUUAAUUUACGUUGUUGAAAACAGAACGAAGUUCCUAAAGGGAAAGUAACUCUUCUCAAGUUAUCUCAGAUGGUAUCCAAUCAUAGCGGAAGAAAUUCAAACAACCAGAGUGGCAUAACUGAAGAUGACGAUGGAAAAUCCAGGUGUGCUGCCGAAGGUGAAAAAGUCGCUUUAGAAAGUGAAAAAGACCAGGUAAAAGAAGUUUUGGACAAACCUGAUAAAGUCAUGGAGGUUAUGCAAAUGGCUGGAACAGGAGACGAUCGUGAUGUGCAAAUUACACAGGAACUUGGACAACAAUCAAAAGAAAAGAAAGGGGACGAAGAGAAAGAGUGCCAGAAGGAAGACGGAAAUGGCGAACAAAAGAUACAAAAUGAAAUACCAAGCAACAAUUCUAAAAUUGCUCAUGCAAAUAGUGAAGGAAGUGAGGCUGAUCGAAAGGUGGAGGACGAUGUGAAGGCGAAAACGGCAGGAAAUGGCAAGAACAGCGAAGAUAAACCGAAUGUAAAUUCCAAUGUACAAGACAAAGAGGGUAAAACUCAGAAAACUGUUAUUGACAACACCGGUGAAAGUAAUAAAGAUGGCGAAUCCGGCGACGGGAAAGGAACCACCACAUCCACUACAGAUGCGAAAGACGAAACACCGAAACCACAACAAUCGGGUGAUAGUCAGGUAUGUUUGUCGAAUACAAGCGACAUAAUUGAACUGAAGAUUUGAGCGAAAAUGGGAC